CGCUGCUGCUGCUAGUGUUGUAAUUCUGUGACAUGUAGCACGAAAACAGUUGUGAUUUUUUUUUUAAUAUAUCGUUUGUGUAAAAAAAAAAAACAGAGGAUGGCUGCAACAGUAGCAACGCCUGUAAUGUCCACGGAGCAUGACCCUGACCGUUGUGGGAGCGAGGAGGAGAGCCGUGGUGCCGAGGUGUCGGAGGAAAGCAGCCAGCAGCAAACAGGCCCCACGGCCGCCGUGACUCACAGCCGACUGUCCAAACUCCCGCUGGCCCGCAUCAAGGCACUGAUGAAGACCGACCCAGACGUGUCACUCGCCAGCCAGGAGUCUGUAUUUAUCAUCGCUAAAGCAACGGAGCUGUUUGUUGAGAUGAUUGCCAAAGAUGCCCUGGUGUAUGCCCAGCAAGGGAAGAGGAAAACCUUGCAAAGAAAAGACUUGGACAAUGCAAUAGAGGCCAUAGAUGAGUUUGCAUUUCUUGAAGGCACACUAGAUUAAAGAUGGCUUCAGGAAACAAAUGAGACCAAUGAAUAUCUGCAACCAUUCAAGAAACCUUCCAUUACAGGGUCACAGUUUCUUGCUGAAACCUUUUUGGUAUUUUUCUAAAUCAAACUCUCAAACUGGACAUGUAUAGAUACUGUUCUACAAUGUGUCAUUUUCAAACUUAACUUGGGAGACAACAGUGUUGAUAUGUACAUUUUUUUGUAAAUAUUUGUGAAAUACUACUAUAUAAUGGAAUAAAUAGCAUUUUAAAUAACCAGAUUCUGUCAUAAUUAAACAUCUGCGGCAGUGCAUCUUCAUCAACUUGCCACAUCGAAUUACUAGUAAAUUUGUGUUUUCCAAGACAAAUAUUGCUAUAUUGUUUGUAAUCAGUGUCAGAAUACAUGUUCACAAGGGCUUGAUGUUUGUGCUGUCACAUUAAAAACUGAUGUAACAAUCACUUUAUCAAACAGGACUUUUCUC